CAUCGGCGGAUCAAAUUACCGGCCCUGCCGAACUAACCUGCCGCGGCCGCCGUGGCGCGCGCUAUAUAAAAGGCUCAAGGAACCCCGUCCCGUGUCUUGCCGGCCCAUGUAGCCCCGCAUACCACCAAACCAAGAACCAAACUCUUCUCUCUCUCUCGCCUCCCGAUCGUGGGCAUGCGCUUCGCAUGCACACACGGCACCACACACCACUACGGCCUCCUCUCCAGUCUUCUUCCUUUCUCCGGAGUUAAGCUUUUAUUACAGAAGACAAGAGAGAGUUGAGCUGAGCUAAGCGUGAUUCGCUCUGUGGCUGGAGAAGGGUUGCAGGCAUGGAGCCCGGAGCUGUAGCUGUGACGGCGUGCAGGACGGUGGCCUUCGCGUGGGAGCACGAGCCGGGGGUGUCCAAGCUGCAGAGCCCGGUCGUCGAAGCAGAGAAGAAACCCUCCGUCGGCGGAAGGACACCGGCUUCCAGCCGAACGAAGAAGGCAGAGGCGCACGUGCCGCACCGGCUGCGCGUGCCGCCGCCGCCUGGAGGGCCCGCGUCGCCGCAGGCCAGGAGCAGGCCCAGCAGACGGGCCGUGCGGCCGGAGGAGGACCCGUUUCUCGCGGCCUACAUCGCCUGCACCGCGAGCGGCAGGAAGGCCGGGAGGGGGCAGCUGGAGGCCCAGAAGUUGCUUGGAUGGGCCGGGCUUAGGCUCAGGCUUGGGCUUGGCCUCGGCCUUGGACUCUCUUGCAAGAGCUCUUGUGGGGUCGCGGAGGAGAGCGUGGUCAGGCUGGGGGCAAUCCCGGAAGUGGAUGAUCGUCAGAUUAUACGGAGUACAGACUAGUGUUGAUGUUCUCUAGUACAGUGCUUAGUGCUGUAUGCUACAGAUCGUAUAUUCGUGUUCGUUUGUGGGUGAGAAGCACCGGACGUAUCAGAGUUCCACGGUCGGAAUGAAAAAGGAACAUAGUGAUUGAUACUCGUUGCUCACUUAAUUGGAUUUAAUCGUGGAUGUAAAGUAAGCUGCGCAGUUUGAUUUCAAGUGGCGUCAGUCGAAUCCUUAAACUCGAGGCUUUUGGUUCAAA